UUAUUUUUUCCCUUUCUUUGUUUCUUUAUGUUUUUCUUUGUUAAAAAUCAGCGUUUUCAUUGCGCGCACAGUCCAGCAUGCGCGUGCACAGCAGCAACGUGGACGCGUUACCAUGGCAGCAGCGAUAAACCCGAAAUCUCCGUCACCACUGCCGACCACAGAGAGUCGCCGAGACGGUUUAGUCACUACAUGGUAACUGAUUAAAUAAACUAGUGAUCUAUUUGUUUGUUUUGUUUUUCCACCAAGAUAUGACAUCUCAGAGAAACCAGAAAGACAUCAAGCCGAUCAUUUUAGACACCGAACAGGACAUGGAUGAUGUCCACCAAGCACUAGAGAAGCUGAGGGGACUGUCGCAUGAGGAGCGGACUGAGGCAGGGAUGCUGCGCUCCAGACUAGAGGAACAAUCCAGCUUGAUCUGCAUGCUGAAGCAGCGGGCUGAUGAGAUGCUGCUUCGCUGUCAAGCUCUAGAACGGGUCAACACCGAGCUGGAGAACCUGCGAGACAACAUGCAGAAAGAACUGCAGAAUGAACGGGAGAAAUCAGAGCAGCAGGAGCAGAGGUUCAUGGACCUUGCUGCCAAUCACAAUGAGCUGAUCAACUUCAAAGAUGAAUACAAGCAGAAGAAUGUUAAGCUGAUGAAGGAGAACCAGAGCCUACGAGAGGAGAAUGAAAAGUUGUUCAGUAAAGAACUGCAGGAGAAAGAGGAGACCAUUUACAAACUCAGCCAAGAGUUGAGUGACCUCAAUAAAAAACACAGACAAUCAGAAAAAGAAUACCAUGACAAAGCAACAGUUUCCCAGAUGAAAUUGAAGGAACUGACAGAUCUCCAUCAGGAGAAAGAGGAGUCUUUGCAUGAUAAACUGCACAGCAUUCAGAAAGAGCUAAAGAAUGCACUGGUCAUGCAUGCAGAUGUGGUUUCAAAACUUAAGCAAAACCAGGAAAGAGAAAGAUUGGCAGAAGAGAGGAUAGAAGCACUUACAAAGGAGAAGGAAAAACUCCUGGAACUGUCCAUGCAAAGAGGGAAAAUUAUACAGGAUAAACAAGAGGAAAUUCAGGAGUUAGAAAAGAAGAAGGAAAUGGCAGAAAAUGCUAGACAGGAAGCAGAGGACAGGUUUGAAAAAGAAGCUGCUGCAGUGAAUGCAGAGCUGAGAGUAAAGCAGCUUCAGCAUGCUCUCCACAAAGCAGAGCAGACGUACACAGAUCUGAAGAAGGAGUUUGAGGCAUAUAAAAAGUACAGCAGUGACCUACUGGAACAGGAAAAGGAGUUAAAUGCCAAACUUCGCCACCUGGGCAUCUGAGGCCUCUCUCCAGAUCUGUGUGUGUGUGUGUGUGUGUGUGUGUGUUAAAGAGAGAGAGAGAGAGAGAGAGAGAGAAGGGCGUUAAAAGAGGGUGAUGUCUGUAAAAGCAGUAUUACAUUGACGAGUCCCGAUGAAAGAGGACUAACCGUUAACCUCCACUAGAGGGCAAUUACACUGCUUGCUGCUUGUCCGACAGUUAUGUAUUUAAUUAACAGUUUAGAUAAAACGGUAUGUGUGUAUAAGCCACCAAAUAAUAAAUUAAAUUUACCAAAUAAAAAUCCUAACAUCAAUUUGCCAUGAAAAGUUAGAAAAGACUGAGUUUAGUUGAACAUACAAGGAGAUAAGGUAGCAUACUUUAUUAAUACAAUAAAUUGUUUUUUUAGAUGUGGACUUGAUUGGAUUGAAGUAAAUAAAAUGAAUGAAUUAAUUACUUAAUUUUUGGUAACUGGUCAGGGUCAGGGUGGAUCUGAAACCUGUCGCUGAAUCACUGGGCACAAGGCAGGAAUUCACACACACAUAUACAUACACACACACACACAUUCUCUUUUACACUCUUUUACACCUAAGGGCAAUUUGGAGUAGAAAUUCCACCUACUGCCAUGUUUGUUAGGAGAUGGGAAGGAGGAAACCCAAGAUCCCAGACAAAACUCAUGCAGACAUGGACAGGACAUGUGAAAUAGAUAGAACGCAGUAAUCUGAGCUCAGGAUCAAACCAGGAAUGUUGGAGUUGCUACCUGUUGAAUUGCAUAAAUAUGUUAAAAUCUUAUAGUGAUGCUUUGGAAAACAGUGCAACAUUAGCUACUUUUAUUUUAUUUUAUUUUUUACAUACACUAGUUACAGUAAUAUUACACUAAUCAAAUUUAUGAUAAUUACAUUGUUCCGGGAAUACAGACCUACUUAUGUCAGCCUGUGGUCAGGUAUGUUUAACAGAAACAAGUGAGCAUGUUAAAACAGAUGAUCACAGUAUUUUCCGGCUGUAUGGAAAAUCCAUUGUUUAAAGACUGUAGACCAGCUCAGUAAUUUCAGGUUAAUUUCCAGUCUAAUACCUAGGCAGGUAACUCAAAUUACAGAGAACCGCACGGUGGUCAUUUUGCCUGAAAGUUAGUUUUAUUGUGUGGAACAUCUGGAUGCAUUCACAGCAAUCGAAAUUAUGCUUAGCAACCUAAUAAAUACUAUAUUGCCUUCAUGUUGUUUAUAUACAUAAAGAGUCUACAUGAAUGUACUUUUUUUUAUUACCCCAGACUUUUUAUGACCUGAACAGAAAUAAUAUUGUUAAAUGUCAGAAGAAAAAGAGCAAAAAAAGAGAGAAAAUAUUUGUGUCUGUCAUUAUUUUUUUUAGUAAGCACUGCAUCUGUCUUACUGUAUGUCACCAUACCACUUACUAUGCUAUCAUCAUUUUUGACUACCUUUUGACUAUGUUACUGACUGGCACACCUGCAUCUCAGUUAUUUACUACCAGACCGCCAUCAAAGUGUUUUCUCAGUAUUCCAACAAUGUGUUGAAAAGCCACCAGCAAGGUCUGUAAGCAUGCACUAUCUUAGGCACAUAGGUGUGCAGCAGUUGUUACUGUUGAAUAUAUUGCCUCAAGUUCAGGCAGGUUUGUCUCUGCAGCAUGAGUGACUUUCCAUCCUGCCCUUUACUUCUUUGACCUCUCACUGGUUACUCUAAAGCCAUCAACUCCACCUCACCUCUGUGGCCAUCUGUGCUUCAAAAAUCCUAAGAAUGGCCCAGAUUGCCUUGACGUUGGAAUUAGAAAUGGCUUUUUUAAAAUUGAUGAUGUAUAUGGCAUGACUGUAUUUCUUCUGUUUUUGAUGCUUAGUUUAGAUCUGCUGAUUCUGGUAUAA